AUGAGACAAAUAUUAUCAACACGUUUUCAACGUAAAAAGGUUGGAAGAAAAUCUUAUCACGAAUUAUGUGCAGAAAUUAUAACUGAAUUAAAAAAUUUAUUAAAUACACACAGUGGUUCUGCACAAGAUAGACGUCGUGACGAUGCAAUACGUUUCAAUGGCUCAUCAAUCGUUGAUUGUAAUAAACAUAUUAAAAAAGGAUUAAUGAAAAAAUACUCAAGAAUCAAUAAAAUAUCAAAUUCUACUGUUCGUCGUUAUUUUUUACCACCAAAAAAUAAUAUUCAAAGUAGUAAAUAUUACAAAAGUCGUAUAUCAGCAAAAAUCCCACAAAAACGUAAUUCUCAAUCAAUAAAAGAACAUAGUGAUUUUUAUUUUACAUGUGCACAAGUGAAUUACGUGGAAGAAUUGUCUAGUUUAUACAGCGACGAAAUAUUAGCACUAUCCUGUGAUAAUAAAGCAAAAAUACCAUUAGGUGCGCCAGCCGUGAGUCGUUAUGUACGAAGUAGAAAAUUUCAUCUAGUUGAAAAUCAGCCAAAUUUACCUGAUCAUGAUUUUUCAAGACAUGGUAUUAGAAUCAAUCCGUCGGCAUAUGUUGUUUUAUCAAAUAAACGGAAACGGUCAUCUAGUGUUGAUAGUCAUCCAUCAUAUGAAUUAAAAAUCAAGAAAAGAUCAAGAUCAUGUGAUAUUCAAUUAUUUCCAAAUAUAAAACAACAUGCUAUUAUGACGAUCGAUAAAAGAAAUCUUGAAUAUGUUACAUGGAGUAGAACAGGACAAUUAUUUAUUCGUCCAUUUGCUUCUGGAACUGAUCGAUCAAUUAAAGCAACAAGUGAAGUUCAUAUAAAUAAUAUACAACGGAUAACAUCAGAAAAUAAUAUGCUAUUACAUAAAAGUGUUGUUACGAUCAUAUCUGAUAAUGGACCAGAUUGGAGUACUGAUUGUACGGCGAAUAUUUAUAACUUAGGACGAGUUUGGGAAGAAAAAAGACUGGAUGCGCUGAUAUGGGUCAGCUAUGCUCCAGGACAUAGUCGUUUUAAUCCAAUUGAGCGUAUGUUCUCAAGAUUAACUGAUCUGUUACAAGGUGUUAUUAUUGAUUUGGAUACAUCAUUUAAAGACACAUCGCAACAACUAGAUAUGGCAUUAAUUGAUUUAUGUAAAUGCUGGAAUAAUAAAAGUUAUUGUAAUUAUAAAAUUGAUUGUCGUCCAAUGUUCUCUGUUAAUGCAAAUGUAUUUGACGGACAUGAAAAACUAAAGAAUUUACUAAUGAAUAAAUCACAAAUACAAAUACAAGAAAAUCCAAAUGUUCAAUUUAGUUUGCAACUCUAUCUUCGUCAUU